UCUCCCCCUCCCUCCUGUCCCCGCACCCCACGUGAGGCGGAAUAUAAAGGGGGGUGUGAGGCUAGAGGGGAAAUUGAAUGGUGAAGGACUGAGGGGGUGCCCCCUUCGGGUCCCCGCCCGCCCUGUUCACCCUCGUUCAUCCUCCCUUCCCGAAGCUCGCCCUCGAAGGCAGGAGCGGCCGGCGCCUGCGGCGGAGGAGGAGGAGGAGGAGGAGAAGGAGGGAUCACGCCGGGCGGAGCGUCGGGCCCGCUUUCCUUCCCGGCGUCUUGAAUACAAAGAUUACCGUGCAGAAGGAAAUUGCACUCGCCUCCUCCGCCCCCCGUACCCGACACAAUGCAUCAGCCGCCUGAGUCCGCCGCCGCCGCGGCCGCUGCAGACAUGAGUGCUAGGAAGAUGGCGCACCCGGCAAUGUUCCCUAGAAGGGGCAGCGGCAGCGGCAGCGCCUCUGCCCUCAAUGCAGCAGGUACCGGCGUUGGUAGUCAUGCCACAUCUUCCGAGGAUUUUCCGCCCCCGUCGCUGCUCCAGCCGCCACCUCCUGCCGCAUCUUGUGCGUUGGGACCACAGCCUCCGCCUCCACAAAGCCUGAACCUCCUUUCGCAGGCUCAGCUACAGACACAGCCUCUUGCACCAGGCGGAACUCAGAUGAAAAAGAAAAGUGGCUUCCAGAUCACUAGCGUGACCCCGGCUCAGAUCUCUGCCAGCAUCAGCUCUAACAACAGUAUAGCGGAGGACACUGAGAGCUAUGACGAUUUGGAUGAGUCUCACACGGAAGAUCUGUCGUCUUCCGAGAUCCUUGAUGUGUCCCUUUCCAGGGCUACUGACUUAGGAGAACCUGAACGUAGCUCCUCAGAAGAGACACUAGAGACACUAAAUAACUUCCAGGAAGCUGAGACACCUGGGGCAGUCUCUCCCAACCAGCCCCACCUUCCUCAGCCUCAUUUGCCUCACCUUCCACAACAAAAUGUUGUGAUCAACGGGAAUGCUCAUCCACAUCACCUCCAUCACCACCAUCACGUUCAUCAUGGGCACCACCUCCACCAUGGGCACCACCAUCCUUCCCAUGCAGGUGUGGCCAGUACAUCCAUUCCUGGAGGGCCACCCUCAAGCCCACUCUCCAGAAAACUCUCUACAGCUGGGAGCUCUGACAGUGUUAUACCAGCUGCACCAACUUCUGCUGUAUCAUCGGGUGGCUCACCUGCAUCCGUAAUGACUAAUAUCCAGGCUCCCAGUACUACCGGCAGUAUAGGUAUAAAUUCUGUUGCUGGCACUAAUGCAGUGAAUAAUGUUAACAUUACUGCUGUGGAUAGUUUUAAUCCUAAUGUGACAAGCAGCGUGCUUGAUAAUGCUAAUAUAAAUACAAGCAAUAUUCCUAGUGCUGCUAGCGGGAGUGUUGGGCCUGGAGUUAACAGCAGUGUUAAUGUGAAUAUCUUAAGUGGCAUGGGCAAUGGUACUAUUUCUUCCUCGGCUGUUGUUAACAGUGUCCCUAAUGCAGCUGCAGGGAUGACUGUGGGAUCAAUUUCAAGUCAGCAGCAACAACCAACAGUUAACACUUCAAGGUUCAGAGUUGUGAAGUUAGAUGCUAGUUCUGAACCCUUUAAGAAAGGUAGAUGGACUUGCACUGAGUUCUAUGAGAAAGAAAAUGCUGUACCUGUUACAGAAGGUGUGGUUAUAAAUAAAGUGGUGGAAACUGUAAAACAAAACCCAAUAGAAGUGACUUCUGAGAGGGAGAGCACUAGUGGGAGUUCCGUGAGCAGUAGUGUCAGCACACUGAGUCACUACACAGAGAGUGUGGGAAGUGGAGAGAUGGGAGCCCCUACUGUGGUGGUGCAGCAGCAGCAGCAGCAGCCACAACCAGCUCUUCAAGGUGUGGCCCUUCAGCAGAUGGAUUUCAGUAGCACUGGUCCACAGAGUGUUCCGGCAGUUAGUAUGUCACAGACUGUUUCUCAGUCACAGAUCUCACAAGUACAAUUACAGCCUCAAGAACUGAGCUAUCAACAAAAGCAAGGUGUUCAACCAGUACCUCUACAAGCCACUAUCAAUGCUGCAACUGGUGUCCAACCAUCACCUGUUAAUGUUGUUGGGGUAACUUCAGCUUUAGGUCAGCAGCCUUCCAUUUCUAGUUUGGCUCAACCCCAACUGCCAUAUUCUCAGACGGCUCCUCCUGUGCAAGCUCCCCUUCCAGGGGCACCACCCCAGCAGUUACAAUAUGGACAACAAUCGAUUGUUUCCACACAGAUGGCCCCAGGUCAUGGUAAACCAGUGACUCAAAUUCCUACUUCGGAGUAUGUACAGCAGCAGCCGAUUCUUCAAACAGCAGUGCCCUCUGGUCAGCCCAGUUCUGCAGGAGUGGGAGGAGGAACCACGUUGAUUCCUAUGGUUCAGCCACAGAGUAUCCAGUUGCCAGUGCAGCCCCCAGCAGUCCAAGCACAACCUGCAGGGGCAUCUGGCCAGCCUGUUGGCCAGGUUCAAACAGCAGUAUCUGCUGUACCUACUGGCAGUCAAGUUGCAAAUAUUGUUCAACAAGCAAAUGUACCCACUGCAAUGCAGCAGGUCUCUUCCCAAGUCACACCUUCAGUUGUUCAGCAAGGUGCUCCUCCAUCUUCACAAAUAAUUCCACCUGCUCAAACUGCGGUUAUUCAUCAGGGAAUUCAAACUAGUGCUUCAAGCCUUCCUCAACAAUUGGUCAUUGCACCCCAAAGUACAUUGUUAACUGUGCCUCCCCAGCCACAAGGAGUAGAAUCAGUAGCUCAAGGAGUUGUCUCACAGCAGUUGCCUGCAGUUAGUCCUGUACCCUCUGCUAGUAGUAUUUCUGUUACAAAUCAGGUUAGUUCAGCUGGUCCUUCUGCAAUGCCUUCUGUUCCAACAAACUUGGUUCCACCACAGAAUAUAGCACAAACCCCUGCCACUCAAAAUGGUAGUGUGGUUCAAAGUGUUAGUCAACCUCCCUUGAUAGCAACUAAUAUAAAUUUGCCUUUGGCACAACAGAUAUCACUAAGUUCUCAGUUCUCUGCACAAUCAUUAGCUCAGGCAAUUGGAAGCCAAAUUGAAGAUGCCAGGCGCCCAGCGGAACCCUCUUUAGUUGGCUUACCUCAGACUAUCAGUGGUGACAGUGGGGGAAUGUCAGCAGUUUCAGAUGGGAGUAGCAGCAGCCUAGCAGCCUCUGCUUCUCUUUUCCCGUUGAAGGUGCUACCGCUGACGACACCCCUGGUGGAUGGAGAGGAUGAGAGCUCCUCUGGUGCAAGUGUGGUAGCUAUUGACAACAAAAUCGAGCAAGCUAUGGAUCUGGUGAAAAGCCAUUUGAUGUAUGCGGUUAGAGAGGAAGUGGAGGUCCUCAAAGAGCAAAUCAAAGAACUAAUAGAGAAAAAUUCCCAGCUGGAGCAGGAAAACAAUUUGCUGAAGACACUGGCCAGUCCUGAGCAGCUUGCCCAGUUUCAGGCCCAGCUGCAGACUGGCUCCCCCCCUGCCACCACACAGCCGCAGGGGACCACACAGCCCCCGGCCCAGCCAGCCUCCCAGGGCUCAGGACCAACUGCAUAGCCUCCUAUGCCCCCUGCAGAACUGGCUGCUGCUGUCUGAACUCAACAGACCCGAGAUGAUGUACUAGGGGGAAUCCACCUCCACAACCACCCAUUUCAUUGCUCGCUGCAAAAGAGACGUGAGACUGAUAUAUGCCAUUAUCUCUUUUUUCCAGUAUUAAACACCCAGUGCUUUUGGCUUGAAGAAAUUUCUUAGUUGGGUGAAUUAAAGGUGAAUAAGAGAAUUAGCAUGGAUAUACUGGGACCUCAUGCAGCUUGGCAGAUGUUUGAGAAAUGGUUUAAUUCAUGCUGAGGAGCUGUGUGCCUUUCCACCCCUUCCCUGCUCCCUGCCCUCACUUUCAGGAGUUCUCCUGCUUGCACAUAGUGUACAACAUGGGCCUUCGGAGCAGUGGAGCUCCACUGGACUGUCCUCUCUCCUCUUCUCCCCAUGAGGAACUUGAAAGGGAGGUAAAAGGAAAGACUGGUGCAUAGUCUCUUCUAACAUGAGGGGAAACAGUUCAUUGAUUGUCACCAAAAUCCAUAAAAAACAACUGUACUGUGUGCCUCUUGCUGAAACAGUGGAUGACACAAAACUAUUAGAGUGACUAAAAGGUGACAGGUAGCUGGGACCUAGGCUAUCUUACCAUGAAGGAUGUUUUGCUUAUUAUAUAUUUGUGUAUGUAGUAUAACUAUUUUGUACAAUAGAGGACUAACUACUAUUUAGGUUGUACAGAUUGAAAUUUAGAUGUUUCAUUGGCUGUCUGAAGAGGUGUGGAUUGUCUUUAAUAGAGAUUACAUUAAAAAUGCUACGUGAAGAAAACCACACCUAAAGAAAUUUUAAGAAUUUGGCCCAGUUAGUCACUUUGUGUAAUCUGAAAUCUUAUAGCUGCUGAAUAUCUUGAAGUAAAUUCCUGUUCACUGAAGUGUUUUGAUUGAGCUGGUUGAAUACUUUGAAAAAUGAUCAGUUUUAGCUAAUGAGAUGAAUUUCCCAGUAGGGUGUUCUACCUAUUACCUGUAUAGUAGUUAAAUGCAUAUGUUUCUGUGCAUGUUCUCUACACAGUUGUAAGGUGUCACUGUAUUUAACUGUUGCACUUGUCAACUUUCAAUAAAGCAUAUAAAAUGUUGAUAAA